UUUUUUGAAGAGGGUCAGUCCCCAGUUUGUCUCAGUACUAGGCAUCAUGCAGACCCAAGACCAAGCAUAGAAACCACCACCCAGGACUGGACAGGUCACCCCCACUCAUAACAAACUCCAUAAACUUCACCCAAAGCACCAGGAUCACUAUUCUCCAGAACAAUAAGUACGAAAAUCCCAGCAGAUGACGACAAUGCUGUCACAUGCUGACAUGGUCAAGGAGAGGAAGAAGCAAGCAUCCGCCAUCGUGAAGGAAAUCCAUAGAAAUGAAUCCCCUGGUAUUGACCUUGGAAAAAAGGUUAGUAUCCCCAGAGAUAUCAUGCUGGAAGAAUUGUCACUUCUUAGUAACAGAGGAGCACGACUGUUCAAGAUGCGCCAAAGGAGAUCUGACAAGUACACAUAUGAAAACCUUCACUUUUUAUCUAGCAAGCCAAGAAAUCGCAGCGAAGUCAUACAGUGUGUUCCACUAGACACUGGGGGCAUGGAAGCCGGCCAGCAGUAUGCACCAACAACACCUCCUAAUACACCCGAUCCACGGAACCCACCGAACCCUGAAACCAUUGCCCCAGGAUAUUCUGGACCACUGAAGACCAUCCCUCCUGAGAAAUUCAACACAACAUCUGUGCCAAAGUACUAUCAGUCACCUUGGAUAGAAGCCAUCAGCAAUGACCCUGAGCUGCUGGAGGCUCUAUACCCUAAACUGUUUAAGCCAGAAGCAAAACCAGAACUGCCAGAUUUUAAGAGCUUUAACAGAGUUGCCACACCUUUUGGUGGUUUCGAGAGAGCUUCAAAGCUGGUUAAGUUCAAGGUUCCAGACUUCAACUUUCUACUGCUAAAUGAUCCACGAUUCAUGGUCCUUGCCAAUCCCCUUUCUACCAGGCGGUCCUUCAACAGGACUCCUAAAGGAUGGACCUCUGAGAAUAUACCUAUAAUGAUUACUAUACAGCCUACAGAGGUCAAUGUUGUUCCAGAAACAGAAGAUCUGUGAAAAUAACAUGAAACAAGCAUUAUACAUCAGAAUCAGCAUGGUGGUAUGCUGCUAACAUGUGCUACUUCUGCUCCAACAUUCUCUUUCAUAGAGUUGAAAUCCAGUAACAUCUGCGGUUGUAAUUGUUCUCUGGAGUUAAUGUUUUUCUGCAGAUCUAACACAAAUAAAAUAACUUGGCCAUUACUCUUGAAAAA